GAUGUCAUUCUGAAGUAUCACUUCAGGAACUGGGAACCCUACAGUCAACUUCUGAAAGACAUGCAGUACGGACAAGGUGGUCCAUUGCUGGACAUCACUAUGGAGUUAGGUGAACUGGAGGAAGUUCAUCUGCCACACUUUGUCUGUUUAGGGACCAACCCUUCCCUGAGGAAUGAGAUGAAGAUUUUUCAUGUAGAGGAACAUGGAGUGUCUUUUGAGGAAGUGCAUGAGGUCACCAGAUUCCAUGCUAAGAUUCUCCAUCCCAAGUUCUCAGUUAUCUCUGUUAUACUGAGCUAUAUCUUUUCGUGGAACAUAGAUGUCCACUGUGAGCUGAUGCUCUAUCUGACAGUGAAAAAGCAAACACUAAUUCCACGCCUAUACCUGUUCCCCAGUAACCCCAGCCAAAUACAGGCUGUGGAACAACAGGAAAAGUCUCAAGGGUCUUCAAGGGUUCUCAUCACAAGACCAGAGCAGGCCUUCAAACUGAAUAGUUUCUUCAGACUGAACAUUCCCUGUUCUACCUACAUCAAUCCACAGAAGAUUCAUCUCAUACAUAGAGACUCCACACCAAGAUUUUUCAAGGCGGUUGUGAAAAUGACAGGGGUUGACAUUGAGAUGGAGUUAUUCGGUGAUGAUGAGAGGAUUGCAUGGAAAGAAGUGGUAUCACAAAAUGAAUACAUCACUGCCACCCAUUCAACAACAUUAACAGUCCCUGACAUUCCUGCUGAGGAGUUUCUGAAGAAACACUGGGCUAAACUAAUUCAGCGAACCAAAAACUCAAUGCCAAUAGCAGAUGAUCUGUGGUCAAAGAACAUGAUUGGUGAAGAAGAGCACUCCAGAAUAACAGCUGAAACAACUGAACAGGACCGAAUGAGAAAACUACUGAAAGCAGUCAUCCCCAAAGGACCAGAAGUGACGGGAGCUUGUCUCAAAGCUCUCGUUGAACAUGAAAACCAUCUUGUUAAGGACUUGAGUGAAUCUAGAACCUAAUCUGAAGACACUGAGGCCUGUCUCCU